UGUAGCCCCAGCAGUGCCACCUGUCAAUGCCUUGUGUCAGUGCUCAUCAGUGCCUUAUGUCAGUGCUCAUCAGUGCCUCGUGCCAGUGCCCAUCAGUGCUCAUCAGUGCUACAUAUCAGUGCCCAUCUGAGCUGCCUUUCAGUGUCACCCAUCAGCACCAGUCAGUGCCACCUAUCAAUGCCAAUCAGUGCCACCUAUCAGUGCCAUGCCCAUCACUGCCACCGAUCAGUGUCCAUCAGUGCAGCCUGUCAGUGCCCAUCAGUGCAGCCUCAUUAGCGCACAUCAGUGAAGGAGAAAAAUCACUUAUUUACAAAAUUUUAUAA